UCCGAGCCCUAGGGUUUUAUCAAUUUCCAAUUAUCCUCGCCAAGAGAAAAUUAUGGUGGAGGGAUACUGGAAUCGGCAGCAGGCGUCUCUACUCCCUUCUGGUCCCAUGCUUAAACGACCCCGUUCUGAUUACAAUCUUCCCCAGUCUGGGAUGUCUUCACGUCAUGAGAGGCAUGGUUAUUUAUCACGAGAUGAUGAUCGUGGUGAGCAUCGGUGAUCGGUCUGUAAAGGAUACAAGAACUAUUGGAUCAGCAUAUGGUCGAUAUCUCCAGAGUGCACAAUAUAUUUCUUUUCCUUCUGGAGAAGCCAGUGCAUUAGGAGGAGCUAGGUCAGGAAUGGGUGUUAGUGGUGGAAUGGCUGGUAUUCCAAUUGCUGAUGGUGUGAGCGGUCGUCCUGGAAUCAUUGGUCGAGAUAUGGUGUCAAACGGUCCCAGUAGGGAUUUAGAUGAUCGUCUCCCAGUGGAGACCAUGGCUAGGCCAGACCGUGAAACAUUACCUCUGCCUCCUGAUGUUUCCAACACUCUGUAUGUUGAGGGACUUCCUCCAGACACCACAAGGAGAGAAGUAGCUCAUAUUUUUCGACCUUUUGUGGGAUAUAAAGAAGUGAGACUUGUGAGCAAAGAAUCCAAACAGCGUGGUGGAGACCCUCUUAUCUUUGUUUUGUCGAUUUUGCAAGUCCAGCCUGUGCAGCCACUGCAAUGAGUGCCUUGCAAGUUGGAUUUAUGCGUACCGGUUAUAAGAUGGACAAAGAUGACUCUGGUUCUAGAUAAUUGCGACUACAGUUCUCUCGGUUCCCAGGCCCAAGGUCUAGUUCUGGAACUCGUGGCAGGAGGUGAAUUGUCCCUCGGUUAAACAUUAGGGGUACACAUAUAUUUAUCUAUCUAGAUGUUUGUGGCAGUAUGCCCGUUGUGGUUAAACUUUGCUGAAACUUAAUUUAGAUAGCUGAAUCCUUCCGCCCUACCCAAAUUAUGAGCAUUUGAGGU